CGCCAAAUUGGGCGGUGAGAAGUGAAGGGAGGGAGAGAAAGCGCGAGAACAGUGAAGGACGCUCAGGCGGGCCCGGCGGCGCCCUCUCCGUCGCGCGGCCCCGGGACGAGGCGGGACGGCCAGGUCGGUGCUCGGCCGGGGGUCCACCGCUGCCCGUCGCGUCUCGCUCGCUCCCAGCGCGGCGGGGUCUGCGGCCCCUCGGCUGGGCCCGGGAAACCCGCUGUGCUAGCGGCGCGCCGGGCGGAGCGCGGGAGGACGCGGCGGCCCUCGACGCCUCAGCCCGCCGCGCGCCGGCCUGGCAAGGCCUUCACGGCGCCGUCAUUGAUCCUGAGAGGACUCCGGAGUCGCUUUCGUGUUGGUCCCGUAGAACGCAGACCGCAGAACACGGGGUACGCCUUGGAGCGCGCCCCGCGGUCUUGGGACCCCUUCCCCACCCCGCCCUCCAGGAAGCCCGCAGGCAGUGUGGCUGACCAGCCAGGGAAGGGCCGGCUAGGUAGUCCCGACUCGGUCACCUUCAGCGUCUUACCUGCUGCCCCCAACUCUUGCUGAAACGUCAGGCUGUGGUCUGGAAGUGGUCUCUAAUGAGGGAGGCUUUGCUGCUGGUUUCAGGUCAUUUCUCUGCAGUAGAGGUUUUGAGUACUCCACUGGCCCCACUUGAAAUCUUGUCAUCAGAUCUCAUGUUGUCUGGCAAAGUGGUGGAUGUGUAUGCUCUUAUUUAAAGAAAUGAGUGUGUCAAGUGCUGUAUUGAGAGUUGAAACUUGGCUUUUGGCAACAUGGCAUGUUAAAGUGCCUCUAAUGUGGCUGGAAGCUUGUGUUAACUGGAUCCAAGAAGAAAAUAAUAAUGCUAAUUUGAGCCAAGCACAAGUAAAUAAACAAGUGUUGGAGCAAUGGCUUCUUACUGACCUGAGAGACUUGGAACAUCCUCUCUUACCUAAUAACAUUUUAGAAACUCCAAAGGGAGAACUGAAUGGAUUUUAUGCUCUACAGAUCAAUUCCUUGGUUGACGUAAGUCAGCCGGCAUAUUCCCAGAUACAAAAGCUGAGAGGAAAGAAUACAACCAAUGAUCUAGUUUCAGCUGAAACACAGAUUACUCCAAAGCCAUGGGAAGCAAGGCCUUCACGGAUGCUGAUGCUGCAGCUCACUGAUGGUGUCACACAAAUUCAAGGGAUGGAAUAUCAGUCUAUUCCAGCUCUCCAUGGUGGUCUUCCUCCAGGUACAAAAAUUUUGGUUCACGGAUGCAUUUUGUUCCGUCUUGGUGUUCUCUUGUUGAAACCAGAAAAUGUGAAGGUAUUAGGAGGUGAGGUAGAUGGUCUUUCAGAAGAAUAUGCUCAAGAAAAAGUACUUGCAAGAUUAAUUGGUGAACUUGAUCCUACAGUUUCAAUCAUACCAAAUAAUUCUGAUCACAUUUUGCCCAGAGUUCCGGGGGGGUUAGAUCCUAUUUUGGGACCUUCAGAUGAAGAACUCUUGGCAAGUCUUUAUGAAAGUGAAGAGCCUGCAGCAGAUAAUGACGCAUCGGUGGAAGGAAGCUGUUUCGGCACAGGCAGUUCCUCAAAUACUACUCCCACAAGUCAGCCUAGUUUUGAGCCAGGAUGUGAUACUUCUUCAAGGCAAAAGGAGAAGCCACCAAACAAAUCUGUGCCUUUCACUGAUGGAGAGUUUGAUGACUUUUCACUGGAAGACGCCUUGCUUUUAGAAGAAACUGUCCAGAAAGAACAGAUGGAAACAAAAGCAUUGCAGCCACUAACUUUGAAGAAAAAUACAGAUAAAUGUGUAGAGAUAUUUUCACAUAAAUCUAAUACUCUGAACCACACUGCUUUAAUUCAUAAACAAGGAAACAGCAAUUACAAUGAAAAGUUAUCUGAACAAAUGAUUGACGAAGACAAAUUUUUUGGCUGUUCGUCUGCUAGAGACCAUCAUAAGAGACUCUUAGCCCAUGAUUUUACAAAUGACAGCAAGACUUUGGAGGUAGAUAACACAACAGAACCAAACAUUGCCAGUUCAGAUGAGCAUUGCUUAAGUAAUACAAUGUUAAAUAGAAAACUUGGAACCUGCAUAUCAGAAAAGAGUUCAGAAAUUUCUAAUGAAAAUGACUACCCUUUACAGGCUUGUUCUUCAAGAUCAUUUGAGAAUAAUAUUGAUCUUUAUAUUGGCAUGGACUUAAAUUCUCCACCCUUUAUCUAUUUGUCUGUUCUAAUGGCCAGAAAGCCAAAGGAAGUUACUACUGUGAAAGUCAAAGCAUUUAUUGUCACUUUAACUGGAAAUCUCUCAAGCUCUGGGGGCUUUUGGGGUGUAACUGCAAAGGUUUCUGAUGGUACCGCAUAUCUAGAUGUAGAUUUUAUAGAUGAAAUACUUACCAGUAUGAUAGGGUUUUCGGUACCAGAAAUGAAACAAUUAAAAAAGGACCCUCUUAAAUAUCAAAAAUUCCUAAAAGGAUUACAAAAAUGUCAACGAGAUCUGAUAGAUUUGUGUUGCCUAAUGACUAUUUCAUUUAAUCCUUCUUCAUGUAAAGCCGUGGUACUUGAAUUGCAGGAUGUUGGUGUGGAGCACCUUGAGAACCUAAAGAAGCGGCUGAAUAAAUAAUUUGCCAAAAUACUAUUGGAGUACACUUUAAAACAUGCAAAUAUUUGUAACCAAAUUUGUUUAUAUUCUUAUUUUUGGGAUUCUGUAAAAGAAGAAAAAGCUUCGGAGCUUAAAAACGGGUGAGAUGGUUCAGUGGUUAAAGAGACUUUCUGCCAAGACUGAGGACCUGAGUUUGAUCCCCAGGUCCCUUGGGACUGAAGGAGAGAAACAACUCCCAGACUUUGUUGUCUGUCUUCCACAAAUGCAGCAUGGAGUACACACACACACACACACACACACACACACACACACACACACACACACACAUACACACACACACACACACACACACACACACACACACACAAUGACAUUUAAAAAUAAAGGUGUUUAAUCAAAAUGUAUGUGUAAGGGUAUUUUUGCUUGGUUUGGUGAUGCUGGGCCAAGGUCUUGUAAUGCUAUCAUAAAGCAACAUCUCUAGACCCUUGAUUUUUUUUUUUCCCCUUCCUGGAAACAGGAUCUCAUAUUCCCAGGCUGGCCUCUAGCUCUUUUGUAUAGCUGAGAGUAACCUUGACCUUCUAGUCUCUGGUCUCCAUCUCCCAAGUGCCAGAACUAGGGUUGUGUAGGUUUAGUUGGUGCAUUGGCUUAAAACCAGGGUUGUGUUUUUUAGGCAAAUACUCUACCAACUGAGCUACAUCCUCAGUCCUGCUUGUUGAAGAACUUUGCUGACCCAUUCUUGCUGAGAAUAUAAGAUAAUUGAUAAAGAAUUGUGAAUUGAAUGUAAGAUAACUGAUAAAGAAUUGUGAUGAGGUGACAAAAUGGCUUGGUAAAGGUGUUUGCUGUUGAACCUAAUGACCUGAUUCUGUUGCUGGUACUACAUAGUGAAAGAGAACACUGUCUCCCACAAGAUGUCCUCUGAUUUCCACAUGUGCCCCCACCACACACACACACACACACACACACACACACACACACACACACACACACACACACAAGUACACACAGUGAAAUAAAACAAUACACCUUUAAUCCCAGCACUUGGGAGGCAGAGACAGGCGGAUCUCUGUGAGUUUGAGGUCAGACUGUGCUACAGAGUAAGUUCCAGAAAAGGCUCAAAGCUACACAGAAACCCUGUCUCAAAAAACAAAAACAAAAAAACAUAAUAAAGAAAUGUGAGGAUGUUCCCCAUGAGAUACAUUAUUGAAAGUUAGAAAUUAUGAAAGUAAUUUUACCUCUAAUAUGUUGACUAUUUCCAAAAAUUUGUGCUAUUAUUUAGGUGUCAUUUUACAUUUAUUUGUAUAGGUCAGAGGACAACCUGUGAGAGUCACUUUUCUCUUACCAUGCAGAUUCUGGAAAUAAAAUAGUCAUAGACUUGGCAGCAAUCACCUUUUACCUGCUAAACCAUGACUGGCCCUAUGUUUUUUGAGAUGGCGCCUCACUAUGUAGAUCAGGGUAGCCUAAAAUUCAUGAGACAUCUGACCUUUGAAUUAGCUGUGCAUAUAAGUUACUUAAUUUUGUUGUGAUUGUUUUAAAGAGACUGUUUGGGAGGUGAAGUUAUUUUUAUUAAUCCUUUAUCUUAAAAUUAUAAGUAGGGUGCUGGUUAGAUACUUAGUGGUUAAGAGCUGAUUGCUACCCUUCUAGAGAACCCAAAUUUGGUCCCUAAGAUGGCCUGCUGAGCUGCCAGUAACCCCUAUCUCCAGGGGAUUUGACACCUUCUGGCUUCCCCAGGUGUGGUUAUGGGCACAGUGUAUAUACACAUACACAUAAUUUUAAAAAAUGGUUUUUGAGACAGUUUCUCUGUGUAGUCCUGGCUGUCCUAGAACUUGUUCUGUAGACCAGACUGGCCUCAAAGGUGGAGAUUCACUUGCCUCUAGUGAGUGCCACCAUGUCUGGUUUCAUAAUUCAGAAAAACAGCAUGGUAAUGGAGGUAAGAGGAUCAAAAGUUGAUCAUUCUUGGCUGCAUAGAGCCCUGCUUGGACCACAUGAGACUGUCUCAAAAAAAAAUUUUUUUUUUAAUAAAAGGAUGCAAAAAUGUUUUUCAUUGGAAAAACCAGUUCAAAGCACAAGAAUACAAAUAUGUAUUUUUAAUGUGUGUCUGCCAUGUGUGUUUAGGUGCCCACAGAGGCCAAAAGGGCAUCAAAUCACCUGGAGCUGUAGGUGUGUGUAACCUGCCCAAUGUGAAUGCUUAGAACUGAAUGUAGGUCCUCUGCAAGAGCAGCAAGUACUCUUAACCACUGAGCGUUCUCUCCAGUUCCAAAAAUACAGAUACUGUUGAUACAUACUCUCAUAGUACUUCUGUCUGUAUACUUAGGUAUCUUUCACUGUGAGAUGUGUAUGUGUGUGUGUGACAUUUUGUUCUUUUAAAUAACAGUCUCUGUGGACUGUGAUGGCUAUUCUUGGUUAUCAACUUGACUACAUCUGGAAUGAACUACAAUCCAGAAAUGGUGAGCGAUUAUUUUUGCUUGGUUUGAAGUAGGAAUCGACUCUAGUCCAGACCUCUGAGGAAGACCGGUGAUCCAGAUUUCGAGAUGGGAAGACACACCUUAAAUCAGGUCCAUACCUUCUGCUACAAGUCUGUAUAAGGACAUGGAAGAAGGAAGCAUUUGCUUUUUUGUCAGCUUGCCCUUGCCUUGCUAGCAUAUCCAUUUCUUCAUUGGCAUUGGAGCCUACUUCUUUGGGAUUCCAGCAUAUACUGAAGGCCAGCUGAGUCAUCCAGCCUUGUGGAUGGAGCAACUAUGGGAUAUUUGGACUUUCUGUUCACAGCAAGCCAUUGUUGGAUUAGCUGGAAUACAGCCUGUAAAUCAUUCAAUAAGCCCCCUUUAUAUAGAGAGAUUGAUUCUGUAAGUUCUGUUACUCUAGAGAACUUUGACUACUAAUACAUGGAUGGUGCUUAAAAAUAUAUAAUUAGAUCUUGAUAUUGCAUCACUGAAUAGAAGUAACAAUCCAUUGUUCUGUA